UCCAUGGUAACAAAGCAGCUAUUUCGGUUGCGGACGGUACAGGGAAGCGAAAUGGAAAAAGGGAUAACGGAGGCUGACGGAGUUUCUGAAGUUUCUCAGAUUUCCUUGGUGUUCCCAAAUGGAGACACUUACGAUGGCGAAUGCAGAAGAUCAGCAGAAGGAGCACUGGAGAGGAGUGGAAUGGGAGUAAACCGAAGUCCACAUGGUGUGACCUAUACCGGUUCAUGGAAACAUGACAGGAUGCAUGGGCUCGGAAAGCUCGAGCAUCCUUCAGGAGCAAUAUAUGAAGGAGAAUUCAUUGACAACAAGUUUCACGGAAGAGGUACUUACACAUUUCCCAAUGGUGCUCAGUAUAUUGGAAAUUUUACAGAGGACAAGAUGAUAGGAGAAGGUGAAUAUGUGGAUGCCAAUGGGCUGCAAUGGAAAGGAUCAUUUCAUUAUAAAGCAGCACCCGGACUGAAGUUAAGGUUGAAAAUGUAAAUGAUGCCAGAUUUACAGCUAAUGGGACGACUACACACCUGCUCUGCUAUGCGGCUCUGCCUCGAUCAUAUCACUUUCAAAGGUUUUCAAAAAUCAGAUAAUCUCCUGUAGGCCAGGAAAUAAAGCAAGACUUCUAAUCUCAAAUGUCCAUAAUGUGCUUGCAAUAUGUCCUGAGAUCUUUAUAAGGCCUCGUGUGCUGGCCGUGCCUUGGUCCGCAAUUUGACUGCAGAUCGCGACCCCAAUCACUUGAAUGGGGUCUGCGAUCCGUCCGUUCCGCAAAAAGAUAGGACAAGAUCUAUCUUUUUGCGGAACGGAUUCCGUUCCGCACCGCAUCUCCGGAUUUGCGGACAUAUACAAGUGAAUGCGGAAUGCACACGGCCGGUGUCCCGUGUAUUGCAGACCCGUCAUAUGCGGGCCGCAAUAUGGCCACGGGGGACAUACGGUAGUGUGCAAGAGGCCUGAUGCUUAAGAUUGCAAGGUGAUAAAAUGUGCCUAUGAUUGUUUUUAUCAAUGCAUUUUGUAUUAAUAAGCACAUCCAAUUAAACUUAUUCUGUUCAUGAUAUAUUGAUCAUUUGCUUAUCACUUACUACAUCAUUCCUUCCUUUGUGAUAUACAGGAAUACAAAUGUAUAGGAGUACCCAGGUAAAGAGCGUGAUGAUUGGGUACAGUAAACCCCAGGGGAAUUAGCCCAAUUUCAUUAUUAGAAUAUUCGUUAUUAAAUUGGCUGUCAGGCCAUUUAAGGCUCUGUGUUGUAUAAGAUAAUAAAAUAGGUUGCACCUAACUUUCCCUGAUCUGUUCCUUGGUGUGUAUUUUCAGGUGUCCUCCUUAUGCAGCUAUUUCUACCUGUGAGCUCUGG